CAGGUCCACCCGGCGCUGCCCGGCCGCCCAGGGCCGCGGGGCCGGAGCCGCGGCGCACGGACGGAGGGCGCCAUGGGCCGCGCGGGGCUGCGCUCCGCCUCCGCGCUGCUCCCGCUGCUGCUGCUGCUGCUGCGCGCCGAGCGGCCGCGCGCUGCCGAGCUCACCUUUGAGCUGCCGGACAACGCCAAGCAGUGCUUCCACGAGGAGGUGGAGCAGGGCGUCAAGUUCUCCCUGGACUACCAGGUCAUCACGGGUGGUCACUAUGACGUGGACUGCUAUGUGGAAGACCCCCUGGGGAACACCCUCUACCGGGAGACCAAGAAGCAGUACGACAGUUUCACGCACCGGGCCGAGGUCAAGGGCGUCUACCAGUUCUGCUUCAGUAAUGAGUUCUCUACUUUUUCACACAAGACCGUCUACUUUGACUUCCAAGUGGGCGACGAGCCCCCCAUCCUGCCAGACAUGGGGAACAAAGUCACGGCUCUCACCCAGAUGGAGUCAGCCUGCGUGACCAUCCACGAGGCCCUGAAGACUGUGAUCGACUCACAGACCCACUACCGACUGCGCGAGGCCCAGGACCGCGCCAGGGCAGAAGACCUCAACAGCCGCGUCUCCUACUGGUCUGUGGGUGAGACGAUUGCCCUGUUCGUGGUCAGCUUCAGCCAGGUGCUGCUGCUCAAGAGCUUCUUCACUGAGAGGCGCCCGCUCAACAGGGCCGUCCACUCCUAGUGCCACGUCGCCAAGCUGGCUGAGCCACGCACCCUGGCCCAGGACAUGGGUCCCAGGAUGUGUGGCUCCAAAAUAGCUUGCAUGCUUGCUGGCCGCUCUUCUCUCUCCCCACCUGGGAGGGCGGGGGACGUAGCCGAGUGUGCCACCCAAGUGGGACCUACUCGUGGCUGCCUGGGUGCCCUGGGCUCACUGUUGUCUCUCCUAGGGACCAGGAAUGUGGCUAAUAAAAAUGGAAGUGUGCGCAGCCUGGA